AUGGCAGCUAAGCACCGAAGUGCGACGGAUUCUGGCCUGUUUGAUGCUACACUCCGGCGGUCUGGUUCACAGACUAGCAUUCCAACAACAACUGCCUGUCUGUCCAAUAAGCCGUCCUUCAGCAGUGUCGAUUCCCAACCAGGUCCGAGUGAGCUUAGUCUGACGGAUGAUGGAGACUCACUGCUUGCUUCAAAACCAAAGUCUUUCGGCGAUGACACGGCAGAGUCGGAAUCCCGACACGUGCUGCGGAUGAAAAAUCGAUAUGAUGGUAGUGAGAUGGAGUCACGGUCUUCACUUUUCAGGAAGGAAAGCGUCAGUUCGGUACAAUCUGUCGCCGCCGGUCAGGAUACAAUGUCAGAUUCCUCACCUCGCACAACUGCGAUCGAUGCAUUCCCUGAACUGGUCACGACCAACUGGAGUGAUGAUCCAGAGAUGAUCGCCAGUGAAAGCUUUGAGGCCGCAGUAGAGUUGCGGUAUCAGUUCCCUAAUUAUCAGAUGCCGGCAAAGGGCAUCAAGAGUGAGGACUACAUACGGACAUUAUGCCUGCUAGAAUUUCACCAGAAAACCCAAUACAUGGUUCGUCACCUGAAGCAGUAUGAAUAUUUGCUGAUACGACCAUGGCCAGCGGAACAUCAGAUUCUGGCACAGGAGCUCUGUCUGGAUCGAAUUCCCAAAUUGAUCGAUCUCUUCCGAAGUCUUGUGACCUGCAUCGAUCGUACGAAAACUGCUCAGGGCUACGUGGGCAUGGCAGAAGCGGUGCUUGCCUGGCUCACCGAUAAUUCCAAGGCGAAUUUAAAGAUUUGGGCGCAACAUUGUCAGGCGCUGUCUUGCACGAAUAUGCUGGAUUGCGUUAGCAAGUGGGUUCGAGACUAUGCUCAACGUCAUCCGGAUAUUGUGCGUCUGCUCCAGACUCGGCACAACAAAUUCGUCCUGCUCGAUGGCCUAAAACACAUGCGGAUUCUCUACUUCAACUUGCCUCUCAUCGCCAACAACAUUGUCAAGGAUUUGGACAAGAAAACAAAGUCGUACAGAGCUGAGGCGAAAAUCUGGCAACAGAUUCAUGGGCACCUAGCCAGUCUACCACAGACGAUUGAUGACGUCUGCAUGCCUCUAGUGAAGAAGAUCAAUAACGGACAACUUCAGUCCAGUUUGGAUAGAAAGGAUGCCAUCUUCCGACAACCAAACGCCACAGUUACCCCCUAUCAAGAACUCCUGCUCAACUUCCCCCGGAUGUUGUUCCGCUACUGGGUUGUGGCUCACGCGGAAGUUGCCGUGGACAGACUGACAGUUACCAGUGCAAACAAAGUGAACCAUGAUUAUGUGAGAGAACGCACGGAUAUGCUGAUCAUUCUGCUGCAUUCGGCUCUGUUGCUUUUGGUCAAAGACAAUGAACGUUACGUUCUGCGAGCGUUCAAGGCGACUCGCGAACAUGCUGGCGGUGGGUUGAGUGCGACCGGAGGUUCCGGAGGCAGCACCGAACGGGCUGGUUCCAUUGCUGUCAUGGGUUCGUUCGCAGAUCGAAUUCCAUUGUCUUCCUCGUCAUUUUCCGGACCUUCAACUUCGAUGAGCAACUAUCUGACUCAACCAACGGGAUCGUUGGGAUCAUUCUCGGGUGCUUCAACGGUUUCCCAGUUGAGUGGGGCCGCAGUGAAUCCUGGAACUGGUUUGGUUUCCACGGUGGCUAAUAUGGCUGGCGCUAGUAUUUCCGAACGUCCGAGUGGAUCAGGAAGUCUUAAGUUGGCUCCUAUACUCCUUUUGCACAAUAUGUUCACGUCCCGUGGCGAGAAAUUCGGUAAGCUUGGGCAACCUGACAGUAUCCCAGCCCUCGUGCCUCCUUCUGGUGGCAAGUUAGCUAGACACCGAGAGGUUGCUACCGCUGAACGGUUUAGGCUUGAACAACCUGGCAGUAUCUCAGCCCUCCUGCUAGCUUUGGCUGGCAUGGCAGCUGGGCACCUAAAGGUGAGGAGAACACCUACUCAACAUCGUGUCCAUGGACCCUCCUGUCCUUGUUCGAGUGCUGUUUUUCCAGGAGAAGCAACGCCAGAAGAACAAAGUCCGAUGGUUACGCACUUCUCUUCAGCUCAGCAACAACAGCGCGGAGCAAUGUCGUUGCGAAUGGGCAGAACCACGACUCCAAUGCAGAUGCUUUCACUUCGGAAUGCCCGACUGGAUCAAUUCCCCGAAGUGAAUGAGGCGGAGGCACGGGAAGAAGCGACAGCCCAAAUGGAAAGGGGACCCGGAGAGUCUGGGGAAGAAUUGCCUUCCGAGUUCAUCGAGCAACCUCAGCAAACACCUGUGCCGAUAAUCGAACACAGUGAUUCCACAAGCUCAAUGGAAGAGGAAAUAAAUCCACUGGAUCGAGUACAUAUGUCUAUCAAUGCCUGCAAUCGCAUGAACCAACAGAUGCGGCGGGAUUUGUGUGAAACUUUGAGGAUCUCGGAGACUGAGUUUGACAACAUUUGCAAAAAUCUGCAAUUAGAUGAGGCCCCUUCAUUGGAACAAAUUCUUUUGCUUCAAGUGGACAUUAUGCACAACUGGCUGUGUUUUCUAUCGCGUACAUAUGCGAUGGCACUUCGACGACGUGAGGAUAGCCGAACGCUUAAACCACAAACCAGUGGUGAACCUAGACAGACUGACGAGUACACACUAUUCCCCGCGAAUUGCAAGCGCCCCAGUCUGUUUUCGUUAGUCGAAUCAUUCCGGACUACCCAACAGGAUGGAUCAGCGGCGUCAACAGCCAAGGAUAAUAGCAAUCUCGCAUCGGUCUCCACGAUCGCCACUCCACAGCUCUGCAGAUCUUUUGCCUCCUCAUUGCCCGAUGUGGAACAGACGUGUUCAGCACCCUCACUGUAUCCUACAGCACGCCAAUUAGGUGUAAGCGUGCAGGAUUCUCGACGUUCCCGUCGUCGAACAGUACGAUCUUCAAGUAUGAUCGAGCGAGAGAUCAAUGCGGGGCCAGAUCGAUAUUCAAUGAUACAAAUGUGGCAGCUUGUCUCGCAAAUGGCAAAUACAAUAAGACAGUUCACCAAGCUUACCAACAGUGGACACCGAUUUGGACAGCCCUUAAGACGAUCUAUCUCCGAUCCAGACACCCCAAUCAGCAGUAGACUCUCUUCGUUGCGGUAUCCGAAAUCCUCCGAAGAUAUCACCAAAGACCAUUCCGAAGCACUUCUAAGUCCGCUAGCAACGGAUACAGUGCCUCGGGAAGAACUGGAUUCCUCAGAAGCUACUGAGGGUAGUGAACAACAGCGAGUAGACGAAUCCCCGGAGCUCGAACUAUCCCAGGCAAAGGAUAGCGGAAAUGACUCGUUUCCUGCCACAAGGUUGAUCGAUACCAGUCAGUCAGCACUCGAGUUUCGCAAUCUACAGAGAACUCAGUCAAUCAGACAGUGUACCGAUGAGAGAGAGCUCUUCACUCGCCCACGAUAG